AUGGACCGCUUCAAUGCUAACAAAAAUCUCUAUUCCAGUUUACCCAUUGUCCAGCCAGGCAAUAUAUCAUCAUACUCUUCGAAUGAUCUCACAGCUUCGAAUGAUCUCACAGCUUCGAAUGAUCUCACAGCUUCGAAUGAUCUCAAUCAGUUCGAUGUACCUGGCCAGAAUAUCCCCAUCGAUGAAUACCCUCAGUCAUACCAGCUGAAUCUGGGUUCCUAUUUGUGGGUUGAGGAUACUACUCUCCGUGAAGCCUAUCUUCCCACUGCUUCUAAUGCAGACCCUUUCCGCUCCCUUGAGCCUUGGUUCGAAUCAGCUUCAUUUGAGUGGGCCCUCUACCUGAAGGAUAUUGAUGUACUGGAACUAACACCAGCGAGCGCACCAGCCCAACACAUUCCAUCCUCCAGCGAUAUCAAGGGCACCACGGUCAAUCUUAUUUAUGCAAAAAGUCUUCUUAUCAAUCUCGAUGCGCAGGUCCUACAGCUGCUACAGCUCAACGCCGGCGUGGACCUAUCUGUCGACCGCGUGUCACUCUCCAUCCUCCACGUCACCGCCAAGGUCCUGCUAGAAGCGCGGCUGGGGAAUCUUGUGCGGAUGAUGGACGAUACGUUAGAAAUCACUGGACCUGAACCCGGUGCUUGCAAGGCUGGGCCAAACCGCGGGAGAGCCCGGCGGUACCGCGUAUCCUACGAGCUGGAAAACCCCAUCCUGUACUCCACCAACGACUACAGCGGGAACACACGCACACCAACCGUAUCCUCGCGGCAGAAUGGCGACGUCAUCGAUGAAUCCCUCGACAAGGAUGGAAAUGCCUACAACCAGCAAGUCGAGGAGUAUCAGACUGUGGUCAGAAACGGGCAGAAUCUCCGCGAGCUCGUGUAUCUCUAUACGCCUAUGGCCGGCAUCAGUGCCGUCAGCGGCCUUCUACGUGAACGCGGAGGCUGA